UCUCUCUCUCUCUCUCUCUCUCUCUCUGUCUCUUUUUCCCCUCCAUCUCCUUCUCUUUGGGAGUGUGAUGCGCUGCGAUCAGCUGAAAUAAAAGCCGUGCAGAGCAGUGAGCAUGGCUUCAGCUCUCUAACAGCGGACGGAGAGAGGGACAACCGUCCAAACCGCAACCUCCACCAGCUACAGCGCUUCAUUGAGACAGAGAGAAAGAGGCACGAGAAAGAGAAAGAGUGGAAGAAGGAGAAAAGGGGAACGUGUGAGAACAGUCGAUGGAUGCUGUCUGGUUUGAGGGGACAGCACGUUCUUCUUCACUGACGAGGAAAAGAAAGAUUUCAAAAUUGAGUCGAAGGACAGAAACUCGCCGUCAGGCAUGGUGUGUGAGAAGGGGAUCCAAAUCCUUCUCACCACCGUGGGGGCAUUUGCUGCCUUCGGCCUGAUGACGGUGGCAAUAGGGACGGACUAUUGGCUGUACUCCCGUGCCCUCAUCUGCAAUAGCACAGCCAACGUCACCCAGGAUGACCCCCAUAACAAGGACAAGAAGGACCCUGGGGCCCUCACCCACUCCGGACUGUGGAGGAUAUGCUGCCUGGAAGGAGUAAAAAGAGGAGUGUGCUCUCAAAUCAACCAUUUCCCAGAGGAUGCAGACUUUGACCACGAUGGGGCAGAGUACGUCCUACGGGUAGUAAGAGCUUCCAACAUCUUCCCAAUCCUCAGUGCCAUCCUACUCCUGAUGGGAGGGGUGUGCAUCGCUGCUAGCCGUUUCUAUAAGAGUAAAAGAAACAUCAUCUUGGGGGCAGGAAUUCUUUUUGUGGCUGCAGGUCUGAGUAACAUAAUCGGUGUUAUUGUGUACAUCUCGGCUGCACUGGGGGAUAUCUCCCCAAAGAAGGAUGAAGAUAAAAAGUGGCAGUACUCGUAUGGCUGGUCCUUUUACUUUGGAGGGCUGUCCUUCAUCAUGGCUGAGAUGGUGGGGGUCCUGGCUGUCAACAUCUACAUAGAGAAAAACAAGGAGCUGCGCUGCCGCUCCCGCACUGACAUUUUCAAGAGCACUACGCAUGCCAUGCUCCGACUACCCAGCUAUCGUUUCCGUCGCCGGUCCCGCUCCUCAUCCCGUUCCACUGACCCUUCCCGAUCCCGAGACCCUUCACCUGUCGGGGGAGGCGGGGGCAAGAACUUCGGUCUACCCCCGUCAGCACUGCUUUCCCAGGGCCCGAUCUCAGUGUCCACGUUGCCUAACCCCCACUCUCGCUCCCACACAGCCCUGGCCGGCGGCGACAUCUCCCUCUACACAUUGUCACGUGACCCUAAACUGGCAGGUUUGCCACUGUAUGGAACGGUGGACAGAGCUACGCUCUAUCAGCUCCACAACUGCUUCCCAAAGGAUGGGAGUGGAGGAGGAGGCGGUGGAGGAAUGAUGAGCGGCACACUUCCCUCCCUGAAAUCCCACAACCCCUCAAAUUCUUCCAACUCUAAUGCACCGAUACCCAACUCAGUGGGUUCCGGCCCGCCACCUUUUACCACGUCCACAGUAGACAGGGAUCGAGGGAUGGGGACCCUGGACCGGCUGAAGGGAGACAGAGAGAGUAACUCUAACACCCUCAAUAGGAAGACAACACCCGUGUAGGGAGAAGGUAUGGGGGAGGUGACGAGGAGUAAGGAAGUGUGAGGGGUUGAGUAGAGAUAAAAGAGGGAGCAGUGUUGGAUAGAAAUGAAAUGCUACAUCUCUCCCUCCACAGUCGCUGUUAUCUACCCACUGUCACAUAACAAAAAGAAGACGAGUAAUAACAGAAUGAUAACAACAACAAUGAACUGUCACAGUAAAAAAAAAAAAUUAUUUUGAUAUUUUAAUGUGCUAAAAAUGAUUUAUUUUGUUAAUGAUCAAACGCAAUUAACCUUGGGCUACUAUAAAAAUGUUUCACUUUUUUUGGUGCAAUAUUACCACUAAUUCAGCCGGAGCGUUGUUGGUGUAAAUUGUUGUUGUGAUUAUUCUCAGUGUUAUUACAUGGUACCUGUGUUUGCAGCACUAUAGUUUGGAAUGAAAAUGUAAUUUUCAUUUUAUUUUGUCCAAUUUUAGACGUUACUGUGAAUUUCUUCCGUGCAGAGCCGCUGCAACUGUCAGUGAGCUGUUACUGUGUCCAGCAUGAGUGUUUUCACAAUAUGUAGGAGACUGAAAGCCUGUAUUGGUUUGUUUGUUUGUUUUAUAAUGCCCAUAAUAUGUGCACUUUUUGGUUUAUGACAUUGAGUCAGAUGUGAAUACUGUACAUUGUCUUCCAAUACUGAUACCUAAACAAGUGCAACAACAAUGUGAAUGACUGAGAUAACUGACCAACUUCAGUGUUACGAGUCUUUAUGUGGGCUUCUGUCUUAUUUCCAUUCUGAUCAGUGUUUGCACUUGUACUUGUAGCUAUAGUCAUGUAAAAAAAAAAAAAAA